AGAACGUCUCCAGGAAAUUCAAAAUGCCUGUCCCGACCCGUAUCCCCGUCUAGCACCAGACUCUCGCUCGGUGAGCUGUUCGGAGUUCCGCUCUCGAUACAGCCACCUGGUGGAUAACCAAACAGUAGAAGAAGACAGCGUUGUCGUUCAUGGAUCCGUACGUAUAGACUUGCGGGGAGCAAAUUGAUAUUCUUCGAUGUCGUUCAGAAUGGUCAUAAAGUUCAAGUUAUGUGCAAUAAGCGUCGGCUGGAGACAACGAGCCCGGAAGAGUUUAAGAGGUUUUACCGUCUGCUCAGGCGCGGUGAUGCUUUCUCCAUAACGGGUAUACCCCAUCGGACAGGACGAGGCGAAUUGACUGUGGUUGCAACGGAAGUGCCUCAAUUGCUAUCUCCUUGUCUUCACGAUGUACCUCUGGACGCCAAAGACCACGAGACCUCUCCCUAUGCUCGCCAUGUCCAGCUCCUCGCGGACCCUAGCACGGCCGAUAUCAUUAGAGCCCGGUCCGUUAUUAUCCAAUACCUUCGUCAGUUUUUCCUCGACCAGUCUUUCAUGGAAGUCAGUACUCCGAUUAUUGGAUCGGUUGCAGGCGGAGCUGUCGCCCGUCCUUUCUAUACGAAUGCUACGGAGUUUCCUGAACGGCAAUUGUCUCUCAGAAUCGCGCCGGAGCUAUGGUUGAAGCGGAUGGUCGUGGGUGGAUUUGAUCGGGUGUUUGAGAUUGGGCCUUCGUUCCGGAACGAGGGACUCGACAAAACACACAACCCCGAGUUCACCACCUGUGAAUUCUACCACGCCUACGCCAACCUAGAAGACCUCAUGUCAACAACCGAGAACCUCCUCUCCGGCAUGGCAAACCACAUCCACCAAUUCAACUCAAACAAUACCCUAAAACCAACAGAAGUCGACUUCACCAACCCCUUCCGCCGAAUCGACUUCAUAACCGGCAUCGAAGAGAAAAUCAACCGCAAACUCCCCAACCUCACCUCCCCAGACGCCCUCUCCCAAACAACAAACCUCUUCCACGACCUCUCCCUCCCGCUCCCCGAAAACCCAACCCUCCCCCGCCUCCUCGACGCGCUCUGCAGCACCUACGUCGAACCAGACUGCAUAAACCCAACCUUUAUCAUCAACCCGCCAGAAUGCCUCUCCCCGCUAUCUAAAUCCUUCACCCAUCCCACCACGAACCAGCGCGUAGCGGCGCGCGGCGAACUCUUCAUCGAAGGCCGCGAGAUGGUGAAUACCUACGAGGAAGAGAACUCGCCGUUCGAGCAGCGGCGGAAGUUCGAGGAGCAGGCGCGGUAUAGUAAAGCCGCGGAGGCAGAGGGAGAGGGCGAAAUCGAUGAGACGUAUCUUGAGGCUAUGGAGUGGGGUUUGCCGGCUACGGGUGGUUGGGGGUGUGGUGUUGAUAGACUUGUUAUGCUUUUUACGGGGGCGAAGAGGAUUGGGGAUAUUUUGACGUUUGGGAAUUUGAGGGCUGUUACUAGAAGGCCUGGUGGUAGUUCGGAGGCGUAGGAUGGGGUUGUUGGGAUGGUAAUGUGUAUUUUUAUGAGUCGAUCUUUGAGAUCUGUUGUACAAAACUGCAUUUACGAAGUUAUGUAUGUUAGGCUGAAUGUUCAUUAUCUAUGCAAGACUCCAUGAUGACGCACGUGAUAUGUACCUACUACAACCAAUCUCUCAUCACCAUCA